CCCAAGGAUGAUACACGGUGAACGAAGGAAGCCAUUCACUAGCUAACAAAUGAUUUCUGAGUCGUGCCUCGCUACUCAAUGCAGCAACUACGUUUUGCAAUGUACCGUAUAAUUCGUCAGUUGUAAACGUGUAGUGCAUGUCCGUUUACAUAUUUGUGGUGGAAAAUUAAAGAGAUCAUUAUUACAAAAAAAGAUUUUUGUAAUUACGCUCGUAUUAAUGUUAAAGUGCAUCAAUAAUGGCAAAGUGAUUAAUAAUUUUUAAGCAUUAGUACUCUAUUAUUAACAGAUAAAGUUUUCCAAAGAAAUACUAUUAUCAUGUUUAAUCUAUCGAUACUCCAAAGAGUCAAGAGACGAAAAAAAUGGCUGUUCCACGCCAGGGACUUCUAUUCACUGAUGUAUUUGAAUUUCACUUUCUGCAAAAUUUUCGGAAUAUUUCCGUACAAGCUCAAGACUUCGACUUUUGAGAUUUCAAAAUCACGAUGCGUUGUGUUGAUUAUCAUUACAUGUGCCAUCUGCGUUUAUGAACUAAUAAUGUUCUAUAAAGUCAACUUCUCUGAGAAAAUCAGGCUUGAAGUGCCCAAGAUUAUUAUGUACAACUUCCAUUUUUUACUUGGAGUAAUCACAGUGGUUGUCUGGUGUGUUUUGAGCGGUCCGCGAAUGCGUUUGCUACAGAGGAUACAAGACAUUUCUUCGAUAUUGUCCUCGGAGUCGUAUCAGAGGCUCUCCAAACUAAUCCAUGCAAAAGAUAUCCUCGGAAUUUUGUGUAUAUUGUGGCCAAUAUUAACAAAGUUCUUAAAUACAUCUGACAUGGUCGUUAGUACGUCGUUCGAGCCAUUGAGAUUUUACAUCGCCAUAAUAGCGUUUCAAAUAGAUAUGCUGUAUAUGAAUUGUACUUGUGUUUUAAUGGCUUAUUUCAAAGAAAUUAAUAACAAUCUGGAGAAUCUGCGGAAAUUUAUAGUGAACGAUGUCUUUAAACUUAUCGUCUUUAAAUCCUAUCAUGAGCAAAGAAUUCUGCUGACGAAACUCAAAGCUCUGAAGAAGCGACAUCUAAUGGUCAGCGAUAUAGUACAGAUGCUGAACUUAACUUUUAGUUUGCAGCUUCUCAUUACCAUAGCCAUGGCCUUUAAACAGAUUACUUUCUUUUUAUAUUUCCAUAUAGUGCAAUGGCAAGACGGGAUAACCAUUAGUUUAAACAACAAAAAUAAUGAUCUUUUCUUAUCGCAAUUAAUAUAUUACGUUGUAAAAAUAACGUUAAUAGUGUGGGCUUGCGAAAUUGGCAAGAAUCAAGCCGCAAAAAUCUGUACCACCGUUCAUGACGUGCUUAAUAUCACUACCGAUAAGCAAAUAAAGCAUGAGUUGCGGCUGUUUUCCUUGCAAAUACUGCAUUGCGAAAAUACUUUUUCACCGAAAGGUCUUGCUGUGGACGCAAAACUUUUCACUACGAUGAUAAAUACUAUCACUACGUACCUUUUAAUCUUAAUACAAUUCUUGGGUGCUUCGCAUUCUUGCGAUAGGAAGUUUGAAACCGAUGUUACAAAAGCAAUUUAGUUAAAAGGAAGUAUAGUUGAACAAUAAAAUGCAUUUGUGAAUAUUGAAAACUAGAAUUUUCUCAUAUAAGACAUUUCUUUACGCUGCGAGAAAUACAGUUAUUUUACAUUUUUUACUCCUAAAGAAAAAUACAUAUAUGUGCAAAUGCAGAUAAAAAUAUAUUAUGUACAUAUGUAGUAAUGAUUAAUAUUACAAAUAAAAC